AAUCAGGUCGUGUCCCUGGCGGAUCACCUACCAAUCCACCGAACGAAGUGCGCACUGUCAUGUUAUACAACAUACCCAUCGUGGCCCUUCUUAUCGACGGUCAAGAACGCCUCAGCCUCGCUCAGAUCUCCAACACCCUCCUGAAGGACUACUCCUACAACGAAAUUCACAACCGGCGCGUCGCACUGGGCAUCACCUGCGUCCAGUGCACGCCUGUCCAGCUGGAACUUCUACGGAGAGCCGGAGCAAUGCCGGUAUCUUCUCGUCGAUGCGGGAUGAUCACCAAGCGGGAAGCCGAGCGGCUCUGCAAGUCUUUCCUGGCCGACACGCCACCUCCUAAGUUGCCGGAAAACUUCUCUUUCGACGUGGUGCACCAUUGUGCCUGGGGAUGUCGAGGAAGCUUCGUUCCUUCGCGCUACAACUCUUCACGGGCCAAGUGCAUCAAGUGCGCCUACUGCGCGCUUUUCUUCUCGCCCAACAAGUUCAUCUUCCACUCGCACCGCUUGCCGGAUUCCAAGUACGUUCAGCCGGACGCGGCCAACUUCAACUCUUGGCGGAGACACAUCAAGCUCAACGGGACUCCCCCGGAGGAGGUCAGCUACGCCUGGGAGGACGUCAAGGCGAUGUUUAACGGGGGAAGCAGGAGGAGGGUGGCAGUAUCAUCGUCGUCGUCAUCAUCCUCAUCGUCUUCGGGCAAGAGACCAAGGCCGCUGGAGACGGCAACUGAUCAGGGGGGACCGCCAGCGAAGUCGGCACAGGGACAGCCUUAUUUUCCAGUAAUGCCGCUCACGACGAAAGCGUUCCCAGACGUACAGGUCCCCUUCAUGCCGCCACCCCUCUUCUGCCUCUCUGGCAAAGCAUUGUCGCCUUCCGGGCUUCGUCACAACGCCUUCACAGACUACGUCUGGGGCAAGCAGUCUCUGUCCCUUCCACCAUACAGCGGAGUACUGUGGCCUCAUCCGCCACAGCAGAGGUCAUCCGGCCCUCCUGGACCAUUGCACCUUGGGGCAUCGGACUCUUUGCCUUACCCACCGCACUUGGGUGAACAUGGUGACGUUUCGGCUGGCAACCUGUUGCCCCCGGUGUCUCAGCAUAGUCCUCCCCCGCCACCGUUGACGUCCAGUACAAGCCCUUCAGCUUACGCGUCUGCCUUCAGGCCUGUCGUCGGGAUCAUGUCGAGAGUUCCGACGUCAAAAUCUCCCACCAUGCGCCCAAGUACGCCCGCUUGCGAUACGACAACGGACUCCAGUCGCGGGGUGGGAGGAAGCUCGGACGGUGAAGCAGAAGCCAGACCGCUGUCGAGGGGAUCCGAUUCUUUCCACGGCGAAGUAGACGUGACAGACACGAGUAGUGAAGACGAAGCCUCCUGCAACAAACCCCAGAGCCCCAAAGAAGAAGGCGAAGAGCAAAGAGAAGAGGAGUCGAGUCCUCCGCCUCUGCCGGCGGCUCUGGAGCUCACGAGAUCUUCUCCCAAUGUCAGUCAACUGCCUCCUGACACGAGCGACCGCGGCAUCAGACAUAGGGAUGAAGAAGCAGCUCCUAAGACGCCAAAUGAACUAGACAGUGGUGUCACAUCCGUCGUAGAGGCGCUCAAAAGCGAAAAUAGGAAACGUGAUAACGACAAGCCCAAAUCAUCGCAACCGACAGGAAACUCUUCAAAUAUCGAUGACAUGUUGGACCCACGAAGAAUAUUCACACUCAGCAAGGAUGAACUCAGGGAUGUACUUCUCAAGGAGGCUGAAGGAAGAAAAAAAGCCGAACGUGAAUUUCAUCUUAUGAGAGAAACAUUUGAAGAACAAGUUCAGAAAGAGAUCGCCUACCGCGAAGAACUGGCCAAACAGCUACAGGUAGUACGAGAUGCAUUAUGCCAAGAAUUAGACCAAGAAAGAAAAGCCCGCUUCGCUGUGCAAGCCAAACUGAAAGACGCUCACGAUGCAUUACACCACUUUUCGUGCAAGAUGCUAGGACCACGGCAUUGCGCAGAGUGCGGGUACAAGCCCGAAUGAAGCCUUAUACGGGACCUACUUUUCUUCGUGCAGCCAACGUUUGAAAGACAAAUACCCGCCCUACGAGAAAUGACGCCGGCUUGGCCUACUGACAUUGACACGAGCGCUGUGAGUUCGCCGCGGGAACAUUGGAAGACGAAACCCUGCAGAGAAAUCUGGACACAGAGUUUGUUUUGUUCUGUGCGCUGAAAUGUACCAACAGGCAUGCUAAUUCGCAUGAAUUGCUAUGAUGCCAUGAACUAUACCGGCAAGCGCUGUCAAUCUCAGCAUUUCUUACAUCAAAUGCAAGGGUCGGUAUCUAAAGUACCACUCCGGAGGAAAACAAUGUUUUAUUUAUUAUAUAUAAGGUACUAUAGAUCA